GCCGAAGCUUUGGCUUAUAAAGUCUGCCUUGAAGGAGGUAUGGUCGGAAUUUCGGGCACUUACCAAUAGACAGAAGGAAAGAAAAAAGACGGGAGAUCGGAAAGAGAGGAGAAAGGAAUAGACUGUUGAGUGCAGAAGGACGAAUGAUGAAACAAACCGGAGAGAUGAAUAGAGCUAGAAUCUGAGAGAGAAAGGGAGCGAGAACGAGUAAAAAAUAAGAAGUCUUGCUGAAUCUUUUCACCCAUCUGGUCUCCAUCUGUGUUUGUCCGGCUGUGAGAGGAACUCUGAGUGCAGCUCACAUGUGCAGGGGGCUUAGCCACAUGCCCUACAUAUGAAGAAGAGAAGCGAAAGAGUGAGAAUAAGGAGCUACAAGCAACCUGAACCCGACACACAUACUUUGUUUUGUUUUUUGGUUUUUUUUUUGGAAUAAGAGAAAGAUAAACUGACGACCCUAGAGGGGAGACAGUGGAGAGAAGAAAGUUCCUGCCAUGCCCGGUUCUCCAGUGGAUGUAAAGACUCAUUCCAGACCGGCAGUAUCCGCCAUGCCCCCUCUUCCCUCCGUUAAUCCCAGUGGGCCUCGGCCUGCCACCUACUCUUCCACAGCAUUGACAAAUGGGUUGAACCAUUCUCCACCAACCCUCAAUGCUGUCCCUUCUCCACCUCAGCGGUACAGUAACGGACCAUCUUCAUCCUCUUCUUCCUCGCUGGCCAAUCAGCAGCUUCCAGCCACAUGUGGUGCCAGGCAACUUAGUAAACUGAAGCGGUUCCUCACCACAUUGCAACAGUUUGGCAAUGACAUCUCACCUGAGAUUGGAGAGAGUGUCCGGAACUUGGUUCUUGCCUUGGUGAAUUCCACAGUCACUAUUGAGGAGUUUCAUUCCAGACUACAGGAGGCCACCAAUUUCCCACUGAGGCCGUUUGUCAUCCCUUUCUUGAAGGCAAACCUGCCACUGUUGCAAAGAGAACUUUUGCACUGUGCACGGGCAGCUAAGCAGACUCCAGCUCAGUACCUGUCCCAACAUGAGCACUUGCUGCUCAGCACAGCUGCCCCUUCACCCGCCGACUCCACCGAACUACUGCUAGAGCCGAGCGACGGCACCAAGAGACACAGCCCCAGCAGAGGCAAAGAAAACGGCUUUCACGAGCGACCCCCUGCCCCUCUAGAGCCUCCAGCCAAGCGCAUUUGCACCAUAAGCCCUGCCCCAAGGCAUAGUCCUGCUCACCCUGUGCCACUCCAGAUUCACCCAAAUCCACCCCCUCUCCAGCAUUAUGCCCUAGAUGACAUCAACACCCCUCACCUUUACAGAGAGCCACAACGCAUUCUUGAGCUGCGGGAACUGAAGGACAGACCACGACUACCAGGCACUAACGGUGGCUACCACGAGGAGCCAGUUGACCACAGACUGACUGAGAGAGAGUGGGCUGAUGAAUGGAGACACCUUGACCAUGUGCUGAACUGCAUUGUGGACAUGGUGGAGAAGACGAGGCGUUCCGUGAGCGUCCUGCGGCGCUGUCAGGAAUCAGACCGCGAGGAGCUUAACUACUGGAGACGGAGGUCUAGUCAGCUUGAUGGCUCGCGCAAGAGUGGAGCGACUCUGAGCAACGUGCCCUUCUCCAAAACACACAGUCCUCUGCCUGCUGAAGGUAUCAAUACUGAUCCUCAGCGGGAGCUCUCUCUGCACCCCGGCUCUGGCUACGUGCCUGAUGAAAUCUGGAGGAAAGCUGAGGAAGCAGUGAAUGAGGUGAAACGACAAGCAAUGGAUGAGGUGCAGAAGGCGGUGGCAGAGGCAGAGCAGAAGGCAUUCGAAAUGAUUGCAUCAGAGAGGGCUAAGAUGGAGAAAACCCUGGCUGAGGCGAAGAGGAAAGCCACAGAAGAUGCAAUACAGGUCAUCAACGAACAAGAGGACUCCAGUGAAUGCUGCUGGAACUGUGGCCGAAAGGCAAGCGAGACGUGCAGUGGGUGUAAUGCGGCUCGGUACUGCGGCUCCUUCUGUCAGCACAAAGACUGGGAGCGUCACCACCUGAUCUGCAGCCCUGGCUUGCAGGCUCAGCCCAAAGCCAUAUCCAACCCGAACACACGCAUCCUAACCAAAGCCCCGGAGAGCUGCCCAGUCCCGAGCCCCAGCCUAGAGAAAACCUCCAACACCUCAAGAGCCUCCACCCCUCCGAGCCCCGUGUCUGGCUCCACCUCCACCCAGGAUACUAAUACACGUUAGAGGAGAAACAUAACAGAGACAAAAUGAGAGGGGGGGGAAAACAUGCACCAGGAGCCCAAAAACUGAAAGUGGAAGAUGGAUAAUGCCCAACUACACAUACACAGGACGUGAAUAAACUAGCCAAGGAAACACACGGGUGGAGUUUACGCUUGUAAAUAAUAUGAAUAAUGAGAAACGUCUUGUUUUUAGUUGGACAAAAACUGUUUGGAUUCAGUUUCUCAGUUACUUAAAUGAAAAUAUUUGUGUUCGUAUGUCAUGUUAAAUAUAGCUUUUGUGUUCUUCAUAGGGAUGCAAAUGUUGCCAGUUUCUUUUUAAACCGAUAACCGGCUUCCAUUAAUCGAUGGUUAAACGAUAAACGACAAGAAUACUGCGUCCUAUUAAAAUAUAAAACACUUUACUUCAUAUUACCAAAACUUUAUGCUUUAUUAAAUAAAACUGUGUAAAAUAUAAUCAUGGCUUUAAUGUAAAACAGUCAGAUGGACAUAAAUACUGUGAGCAGAACCAGUUCAGCUCACUACAAGCUCUAAUUAAAUAUGCUAACCAUGAAUUGAGAUGCAAUCUGUACAUUAAAGCUCUUCCUGACCAAAUUAGUGAUCAUUUUAAGACGAUUUUUUUUUGCAACAAAAAGUUUCACAUGUGCAGAGAUUACCACCUGUCAGACUCCAUACUGACACAAACCGGCUUCACUGUGUGAUCUUAAUGACAUUCUUGGCCUCCGUAAUCAGAGCUGGCACUUGCGCAAAAAGGGUGAUUCGCUUAUGUUUCAAACUUAAAUCCAGCAUCUUUGUCGGUUAUUGGUUACCUGGGUAAUUAUUGACAUCUCUAGUUCUUCAAAAAAUAAAAAUCAGAAGGAAACUUUUAACUCGAAGUGCGAGCUGUGCCUAAUUACUGCCCAUUGUACUGGUGUUUAUUGUCUGUUCUUCUUGCACACGUUUUUGUAAAUGUGCAUAUGUGUGCAUGUUCGUUUAUGUGCACGUGCACAUGUUUCCGCUGCAUGUGUUGGAAACUUAAAUGGUCUUUACGUUAUCAGCAAUAUAAAGAGGCAACAAAUUCAGCACUGGCCAUGUGCCACCAAAGUUGUGAUCCUGAGAGCUUUCAAGGGUCCAAAUAGGUUACAAACAGGACAUGGUACGAUACCUAUCUUGCAUGAACUUGAUGUUUUUAUGCAUGGCUACCAAACCCUGGUAUAGAAUAUCUUUGCUCUAUCUGGGUGUUUAGCAGUGUGUAGUCAAAAAAAUAAUAUAACAAUAUAUCUGGUACAGAAAUGAGUCUUUUGAGCCUGGUAGCACAUAUCCCACAGCUAACAGCCACGUUUUACUAAGGCUUAUUCCACACUAACACAGGUACAUUUAACUAAUCAUAUCUUAACUAUUUCUCCUUGCUGUCAAUAUUAAAAUGAUAUUUUCAGCCACCAUAUACACACUAUGCUGGCUGGUGAAUCAAAAAAUGCAUUUUCUGUUGUUAAUUAAUGGAAACGGCUUCUAGAAUACCAACAUCAGCUUACAAUUACAGAACAUAUAAGGUAUUUAAAUUGAGCAUGCUGGCUAAUAUACACUUUUGAAUCGGUUGGCUCAGUUACGACCCUAAUCGCUAUAAAAAUGUAUAUACUGUAAUAGCAGAAGACAUAAUCACUAGCCAGCUGUAUAGCUGAUGGCAGAAUCAAUUCUAAACGACUUAAUAUUGAUCCUAAGGUCCACUACCUAGGAUGUAGUAAACAUUAUUUUGUAUCCACUGUAGUACACAGUGGUAAACAGCAGAAAAUCAUUUGGGAUUCGGUGAUUCAUUUAUUUAUUUUCAUGCUUUUAACCACUUCAUUUAUCCUGCAGAAUCACUGGGUGUAAUGCAGCAACACACCCUGGAGAGGGCGCCAAUCCAUCGUGGGGGGGUGGCCUCUGGGGAAGAAAGGGGGGUGGCUUAACUGCCUAGCCAUUAGGAGGUGCACUUGUCCAGGCGCUCUCAGUGCUGGUCCCAUAUAUUAAUACAAAUAGAAGGGUUGCAUCAAGAAGGGCAUCUGGCAUUAAAACUGUGCCAAGUCUAAUUAGCAGACCAGAUCCGCUGUGCUGACCCCUAAAUACGGGAGCAGUAGAAAGAAAAUAGUUCUCGGACACACAAUUAACAAAAUGGUCAGUUUUGUUCUAUUGAAAAAUAUCCAUUAAUGCUCUUUUCAUGUUGUGGCUUUCAGAUCUGUGCUGGAUGGUUACUAAACCUCCUUUCUAUGUUAUUUUCAAUAAAUUGUGUACAGAAGUUUAUGUGCUAUGACCCUUCAGUGCCAGGUUUACAUUCCUCUCUGUAAAACCAGGUUCCAUUUUCUGGUGUUGCCUGUACAUGUUGUAAGUGUAACGAUUUCAAACUCAGGAGUUCAUUGGAUGUAAAUAGAUUUAUUUCAAUGUCAAAUUUGGAGAUAAAGAGUUAAACCUUAUUUCAUUACAUUAA